AUGAUAAAGUUUGAACAAGCCCUGAACGACAAGGUCUUGGAACUCCAAGAUCAGCUACAAGAAGUCAUAAAAGGAAAGAACCAGGCCUCAAUUCAUAACUUUCAUUUUACUACAGAUCUGGCAUUUACAGAUGAGGUGCGGCUCGAACCCCACCCAAGAGGGUUCAAGAUGCCAACCAUAGAGCAAUAUGCCGGCACCAUGGACACAGAGGAUCACCUGGAAACUUUCAAGUCCCUCCUGUUCUUUCAAGGAGCUUCAGACGCUAUAAUGUGCAGAGCUUUCCCCUCCACUUUGAAGGGGGCAGCGUGCCAAUGGUUUUCUAGUCUCCCUCCACGAUCUUUCUCUAAUUUCACAGCUCUGGGGCGAGCCUUCUUGGCUUACUUCAUAAGCAGUAGGGUACACAAGAAAACAACUGCCAAUCUUUUGGCUAUAAAGCAGCAACCUGAAGAAUCCAUUAGAAAUUUUCUUAUAGGAUUCAAUAAAGAAGCCCCGCAGGUGCAAAACUUGGAUCCUGUGGUGAAGUUUCAAGCUCUACAUAGCGGAAUCCGAGAUGUCGAGUUGAAAAAGUCCUUGAUUAUGGAUGAACCAGGAGACAUGUAUGAAUUAUUCUCAAGAUGUGAAAAGUACAUCAACUUGGCUGAAGUUCUUGUGGCAGAGAGAAAAGAUAAAACCGAGAAGAAAGCUCAGGGGAAGAAGGAAGAGAUCUCUCGAGAGAUCGGCGCAAAACACAGCUGA